AUUUGUAUAGUCUCAACCACCAAUUAAAUCAACCUUGGAAGUGAGCACAUGCAAGACCCCGCACCAACAAAUCACAAAUCAAAACAAUUAGAAUUCCAGGACAGAGGCAAAUAUCGAACAUGAAUUCCUUUGAAAUAAAAGAUAUACCAGGAAAGGGUCGUGCUAUGGUUGCCGCUAAACUAAUCAAUGCUGGAGAUACAAUUUUCGAAGAGGAGCCUUUCGUAUCCAGUCAAUUCUCAUGGAAUGCUGCAUAUGGUUAUGCCGCCUGCGAUCAUUGUAUGCGACCAUUGGAAACGGUCACUGAGAAUGUACGUCGUUUGGCCAGCAAUGCCAGUCUUGUGGUGCCUCUUACGGAACACGAUCCCACAAAACAAUGGCUGGAACAAUUCACUGUUUGUCCCAAUUGUAAGAUACGUUAUUGUUCUGAAGAUUGUCGGGUCGAGGCAUUAAAGAAAUAUCAUCGUGUUGGAUGUAUGGGCAACUAUAGGCAGGAUGAUUCUCAUCCCAUAAAUAGAUUAAAUGAAAUAUGGAAGAAAAUGCAUUAUCCCCCAGAGACUGGAACCAUAAUGCUUUUGGUGCGCCUCAUGGCAAUGUAUCAACAGUCUUCCAAUAAAACAGAAUUUUUGGAGUCUCUGCAAUCUUUCCAGGCAUUAAUAGUUAACAAGGAACAACAAAUUUAUCACAAAAUGCUGGGUGAAAAUUUCGAGCAGCAAAUGGAACAAUUGUACGCUGCCUUCUGUGAAGCUUUUCAGGGUGAAGAUUUUCAAAUGUUCACAACACCUGAAGCAUUCAAGACCCUUAUGGGUUUGGUGGGAACAAACAGUCAAGGUGUCGCCACCAGUGUAUUGGCCGAAUGGGUGAAAAAGGUUUCCGAUUUACCUAUGCCAGAGGCAGACAAAGCAAAAUUAGAUGAAUAUAUUGAUGAUAUUUACAAUAAAGUUUCAGAAUUCGCUGGCGAAUUCCUAAAUAAUGAAGGUUCUGGUCUUUACCUACUGCAAAGUAAGAUUAAUCACAGCUGUGUUCCAAAUGCUCAAUCAACAUUUCCCUAUUCUAAUGAUAUUGUGGUAUUGAAGGCAACCAGAGACAUACAACCUGGUGAAGAGAUUUGUAUAUCAUACUUGGAUGAGUGUCAACUUGAAAGGAGCAGACAUUCCAGACAAAAGAUUCUCAAGGAAAAUUAUAUUUUCGUAUGCAAUUGUCCCAAAUGUCAAUUGCAAAGUAACGAUCCCGACGAAACCAGUGAAGAUGAAGACGAAGAUGAUAUGGACAUGGAAGAUGAUUAUGACGAUAUGGAUGACUAAAACGAAAGUAACUUGAAAUAGGAUUUUACCCAAAUAUGUGGCUAAAGUUAAUGAAGCAAAUUUGUUUUUUUCCUAAAGUGUAUAUACACACCAACAACAAAUACAUUUGUUUUAAAUAUAUAGAUAUAUAUUUUUUAUAUAACAACUGUAAUAAAACCAAAACAUUAACUAUCCAUACAAA